AAACCGAGAGGGGGGUGACGGUGUGAUUGGUGUGGUGUUCCGAGCCAAUAGCAGUCCAGGCUGGGACAGUGUCCCGCGCAGCGCGCCCAGGAGCCCGCGCGGAGCCUGCCUGCUCUCGGUCUGCAGGCGCUCCGCCCGCCCGGGCAGCCCUCGCUUCUGCACGCCGGCCGCGCUGCUCUGUGCUCCAGCCGGCGUUCCCGCUGCUCUCCUGCCAGGACUGCCCUGCGCUCCGAUCUCUGCGCGCUCCCGUCCGCGCUGCGCUCUGGCCCUGAUCCCUCUGCGCACCCGCUGCGCUUCGCUCUACGCCCCCUCUGCGCUUCGGCCCGCUGCGCACCGGCUGCGCUCCCCUUGCGCUCCGCCGAUGCGCGCCCGCCUGAGCGGCUGCGGCAGGCCCAACAUCAGCCCCGCUGUGCGCUCUGCAACCCAGAGCAAGCCGAAGGACAGCGACACGAACCGAAGGGACCGGAGGAGGCGGCUUCCACUACGUCAUUGCAGGAUGCUCCGGAGGCUGUCGCUGUCCGUACUCCUGGUGGCCGUGCUGGUGGAGGCAGCCGGAGCCAGGAAGGCCCGGCCCGCGGGCGCCAUCCCCUCGCCCUACAAGGACGGCGGCAGCAACGCCUCAGAGCGAUGGCACCACCAGGUCAAGGAGGUGCUGGCCUCCAGCCACGAGGCGCUAGUGGUCACCGAGCGCAAGUACCUCAAGAGUGACUGGUGCAAGACGCAGCCGCUGCGGCAGACGGUGGGCGAGGAGGGCUGCCGCAGCCGCACGGUGCUCAACCGCUUCUGCUACGGCCAGUGCAACUCCUUCUACAUCCCGCGGCACGCGCGCGCCGAGGAGGGCUCCUUCCAGUCGUGCGCCUUCUGCAAGCCGCAGCGCGCCACCUCCGUGCUCGUGGAGCUCGAGUGCCCCGGGCUGGACCCGCCCUUCCGGCUCAAGAAGAUCCAGAAGGUGAAGCAGUGCCGCUGCAUGUCCGUGAACCUGGGCGACGCAGGCAAGCCGUGAGCGCGCGCGUGCGUCCCGGUCCGCGUCCCGCCCCGCGCCCGCACGCCGUCCCGCCGCGGCCCGCACGCUCCCGGGCGCGGCAGCAGUCCCCGCGCGACCCCGGGCCUCCCCCGCCUCCGGCCCGCGCUACGCUGUGCCCCGAAGGAAGGUGCUGGAAAGCCCCACCCGCCGGCCCGCAGUCGGGGAGCGCUUCCCAGGUGCCCUGUCAGUCGGCGCCAAGGUUUCCACCGUGUGGAGGAGCGAGCCUUUUCCCCACACUCCAGCUCGCCCGUCCCCGGGAAGCGGGGGAUCUGUGGCCCCUCCGAGCGGCCCUCACACACCUGCCGUCGGGGCUCUGGCCGGGGCGUUCACUCUGCGCCGCCGCCAGGCCAAUUUGGACCACUUCUGAAAGGAUGUCCGUGCUUGGGGAGGGUCUCCGAAGCCACCUGACACCGAGAAGACGGCAUGAGCCACAAGGAUCACAAGGGGGCUUCCCUGGGGACCUUGCUCGCAGCUGGCCACACUCCCCCAACCCCAGCCACCACAGCCUCCUCAUCCUCACCCCCUACCCCCAUCUGUGGACUAGAGAUGAACUCGGGUGUGCAUGCUAUUAUCGCUGCAAUAGAAUAUUGCUACACACAAAGGUCUCCAUAUUAACGCUGGUUUUGUAAUUGACCUAUAAUGUCAAGAGCUGUUAAAAAAAGUAUUAUAGACCUAUAUGUAUUGUUUCACGUGUUUCGACUCUGCCUUUGCAACAUCCUUCUGAGUGGGCACCAGAGCAGGUGAUGACCUGCCUGGAAGGUGGUGGACUCAGAAGUAAUGCCUGGUCAGCAGUUCACCCUCAAGCACCUAUUAGAUUGGGCAGGGAGGUGGGAGCAGUUGCAAUUUUACAUUGAACACUGUCUCACUGAAGGUACUAAAGCAUUGCAGCUUAAGGUAGAAUUGGGUCUGGAUGGAUGGAUGAUGGAGGGGGACUCUCUGGGAAGUUGUUAACACGGAGCUCCAAAGCCCCUAUAAUAUUUAUUAUGCAGACAUAGAGUGACAAGGUAUGCUAUUUCACUGCCAUGACAUUAAGCAAAAAAUACUUCCUGUUAAAGGAGUUAAAUAUUUAAAAUUGUAAGGAGUUGGGUCACUUUGUGGCUUAGGAGGAAGUAAAGAAUAAAAUAUAUAAAGCAGAAAUAAAAUUGAACUGUCCUACAGAAAGAAGCUGGCUUCCUUUCCAAAGAAUGUGCUUUAAGAAGGAUGCACAAACAUUAGCUCAACUUUCAUUUUCAUAUCAACUGUUGAGGUUUUCAUGUUGCGGUCUCUUAAGAUAAGAAAGUUGACAUAACUCAUUUUCCAGGGACAUGAUACUUCAAGUCCCUUUGCUAAACUGCCCCACCAAAGGCUUCCCUGUGAGUAAUGUUUAUGGAAUCUGAUAAAUGUGAAUGAGAUGUCAUUGGUGGGAAUCAGCAUACUUUGAAAACCUUUUACUGGUAAUCCCCAACACUCAGUUGCAAACGCUGCUGCCAGGGGACUCAGAAAGACCCCGUGUCAGGGUUUGUGAGGUCCCCUACAAGCUGCUAUGGGAACUGAGACUAACGGGCCUUACCAGUGCCUGGGAUGGAGAGACAUUUCACCUGGAAUGUAAGGAUGCAGGUGGGGGUGCAAGUGGGUGACUCCCUCUCCUGCCUCACCUCGCAGGCUUCAUUUCUGUCACUUCCAGUAACACCGUGAAACCCGAGCAGAAUGUGCUGUUCGGAAGGAGGUCUUAGCUUCAGAAAUGGAACACAACGCCCUAACUCAGGAGGCAGAACUCAACAGAAAUCCUCGAGGGCUGGGACCUUGGGAUGGAGAGAGAGUGGGGAGGGUGUCCAAGUUCAGAACUGAUUUUUGCCUUGUGCAAAGCCUGAGUCAGACUCAGUGUCAGCACAUGCAGUGGAGAAGCUGUGGAGGCAAGCAAGCCACAGGACUGUAAAGACGGCCAGUGCAGUAGGAGGGGGCAGGGAGGUCUCCCUGAUUGCAAAGCCAGCCCCUGUCAUUCUAUUAACACAGAACCCUGGCAGAGAGGGGAAGGAUUAAGCUAUGAACUAACUCACAGCCUACAAACACGAGCAUGUUCUCUUUGAACCCAACUGUGGGUGUAACGAUGGAAGCAAUAUGAUAUGCUGCAGUGUGAAACUCCUUCUGGGGGUUCUUGUUUGUACAAAGUUUACCUUAUAAUGGCUCAAAUUGUAUUUAAUUGUUUUUUUUUUGUCUGUUUAUAAAUGAAGAAAAGCUCUAAGUAUAAUGUAAUUAUUUUAUAGGUGUACUAUUAAAUUAUAGAAUAAAUAAAGAUACUCUAGGAUUA